CGCACCGUUCCCACUCCGUUCGAUAAAACAUCCCGAUUAUUAAUAUUCAAAGUUUAUCAUUGAUUCAAAUUAUUCCGAUUAAUAGUUAUUGUGAAUUAAUUUGACUUCAAAGUGAACUUCAAACUUUUUUUAAUUUUCUUUUUUUAGGUUAAAAUUCUUAGUGUUUCAAAAGUGGUGGUGUGGAGUUAAUGAAUGUUGACUAUGUUCACUGAUUGAUGUGAUUAAACAUGAAGAUAAGAAGAGUAUCAGAAGACAAUCGAGUUGCCGUUAACAACUUAUGAUGGUGUUGAUGACAGUUCUAUGUGUAUUGUAUUAUGUUUGCUAACAAAAACCAAAGUCUGAAUACAGUGUACAUCAGAUGAUCUAAAUGCCUUAUUUAAGAGAAGCUUGCGCUGCCUUCAGGCGCCGACUAUGUUUGACUCGACCAAAGGCGCACUACUCGUAGCGCCAUCUUUGUCGAACAGCUCCUGUUGGCUAAACGGCAAGGGUUGGCCCUCUACAUUUCCAGCACCAGCUGACAUAUUAAAAGCAUUUUUCAUAUUCGCUCUUUCUAUGUCCAUUGUUUUUGGAAACUUGGUUCUUAUCUGCGUGUUAAAUAACAGGAGGUACAUCAAGUAUAUUGACAAUCAGCCAAGAUACUUACUGACCUCGCUCGCACUGAACGAUUUAUUCACGGGAAUCUUGAUAGCUCCUGUCGCCCUGCUCCCAGCUUUGUACAAGUGCUGGCCAUACGGGGAGAUAUUCUGCCAAAUACAGGCUUUGUUGCGAGGGGCUGUGAGUCAACAGAGUGCGGUUAUUCUGGUCUGCAUGGCUAUCGACAGAUAUUUGUACUUGUUGCAUCCGGACACCUAUCACAAACAUUCGAGUAAAAAGGGUUGCGUCUUAGUUAUAAGUAUAACGUGGAUACUGUCAGUAUCACUAUUCGCGAUCAUGGUGCUACCGCGAUCUGGAUAUUACUUCAACUCAACUGGACUUAUGGCUUGUGAUGUCUUUCAUAGCAGAGUGGCUUUUAGGAUUUUAUCAUGCUGUGCCUACUACUUCCCGACAACUAUGGCUCUAAUGUACUGCUAUGGAUCAGGGUUCCAUGUCAGCAAAACUAGAGGGAAAUGUGACCCUGAGCCUUUGAGGCCUAAUGGAGUACCUGUGCCUUGUGCGAAGACAUCACAUGGAGAACAUGAAGUUGUGAUUCAAGCGCCAGUGAGACCGCAUAGCGUGAGCACAUCACGAACGAUGGCAGCAAUGUCAUUAGGUUUCAUCGUUAUGGUCACUCCAGCUACUAUACAGGAAGUGGUUGCGGCCUGUACCGGCUGCAAGGUUCCGCCUUCUUUGGAUUUCAUAGUGACUUGGUUGGCGUUGAGUAAUAGUUUUUGGAACCCCUUUCUGUACUGGUUGUUGAACAGCCACUUUAGGAGGAUAAGUCAUGAACUUCUACAAUAUUAUGUUUGUUGCCGAAGAUCAAAAUCUUACCCAAGCUACGAGAAACCUACAACAGGAUGUUGUGGUUCUCCCGUUACAUCAGACGGACUACACUCCAAAGGAGAAUUUGAAGGACUCGGUGAAAAAUAUUGGGGCGAGAUAUUAGAACGUACUGUAUCAUCGUCCUCACUGCAUGCUAUUCAAAAAGCGUGCCAUCGAGAUCCACUUCGAUGUUCCGGCUCUUUCAAAGGCUGCUCAAGUAGUGCUUGUAAACAAGACCCCAGAUUCUUUGAUGGCUAUGGCCCCACAGAUUACAGACAGCUCGAUAGAUCAGCUUUUCAAAUAGAAUCCUGUUCACGUCAAUGCAGACUGAAGAACUCAGACAUGUGUCUAUUUAGACCAAGCCCUGGCUUGGAGUGUGGUCGCUCUCGUUCAAAUUUGAGCUUGGAUGAGGGCAACUUCAACAAGACUUGUAAUGGUAGGCAUCCGGAAUUGUGAGAGUUCCGAAACUGUCCGGUUUUCGGGCAUAGAAGUAAUAGUAUAAGUAUGUAUCCCGGAGUGGAACAUUUUAAUUCAAAUAUUAAGUGGAAAUUUGAUGAUUCGGGUGUUGACGACGACAUGCAACAUUUAGAACAUAAUCUUGAUAGAAUACGCAGUUUAAGUCAUGAGAGAAGCUUCAACGCUUACGGACUAAAAGAAAAUGAUAAUUUGUUGGAAGUGGAAGUGAAUGACAUAGGGGAAGACGAUUCAGAUGAAAUCAAAGACUAUGGAAACGGUUGUGCUCAUGACAUUCAUGAUGAAAAAAGUGAAUAUAGUGCUCAUAAGUUUUCUCGUAAUUCGUCAGUAUCUAAUAGGGAACUAGAUGUUAUCAAAGAGAGCUCCAGGAGCUCGAGUGAUACUGAAGUGACGUUGACUCGAUGACUGCCGAGGGUAACCUUUGAUAAAGCCGUGAAUGUUGUUCAUUUGGAUUUAUCCCCGGAACAUAGACACUAUUGUAAGCAAAAGUGUAUAUUGUCAGAUAAAAGACAUCCUUAGUUGUUUGAUGGUUUAGAAGAGAAAUAUUAGUUUUAAGUACAUGUGGACCAGUAGCUUCGGGUCUGAUUUCUGUAAUUGAUUCAAUAGGGUGUGAAUGUGAACGGACUUUUAAAACAAAUGUGCCAAGAUUUUAGACGUAGAACAUUGUGUCUCUAUCUACCUCUUUGAGAGGCACGAAUGUAUGUGUAAAUAAUUUUCCCAGAAUGAUAGUAUACUGUAUUACGUAAAUAUAUAUACUACGUAUGAAUAGAUACAGAGUGUUAAAGUGUUAGUAUCAAAGCAGGUAAAGGAAGUUUUGUAUUUUUUGUAAUAGUCGAAUUGGAGAAUUAUGCAAUUAUACCUAACUAUUAUAAUAAAAGAGAUUUUGUGUAUUUCUAAUUUUAAUGUCUUAUAAAUUAGUUAAACUAUCUACUGUAUUUCUUUGUGACUUCAUAUAUUAACAUUUCACUAAUACCCAAUGUGAAUUUAUUCUGUAUGUAAAUAAUAAUAAGACUGUUUGAAGGGAAAUUCUUAAAGUUAUUCAGAUCGCACAAUACUUUUCUUCUAUACAUAAUAAAGUAAUGAUUAAAAACAUUGUUGAUGUCUACUUAAAUGUUAAAUCAGCAAAA